AUGGAGCGUUAUGUCUUGUCGAUCGACCAUCUAGCUCGUUGCGAUGACGGAUCGGUGCAAGAUGCACAAUGCCUAGAGGCGGCAUUUGCUAAGCGGCCAAAAGUUGUUCGGUCGCCGCCUGGCAAAUUCAACCAUAUGGAGGCGGAAACGGUGGCUUUACCCGUUAAUAGCUCAGGAACGGCUGGAACACCGGCAUUGGCUCCCAGCAGCCCGGAGACAACCACCUCGCCAAAAGUUAUCUCAAAUGUGACGGAGUUAGACGAGUUGGGCUCACUCAUUUGGGAAAUGGACACCAUGUUCAACAAAGGCGAUGAUGGCAAAAAACCAGUGCGCCACAUAAACCUCGGCACGAAGAAUGCAAUAGUGCGAAUGAAAGAGCUGCACGAAAUGCUAUGCCAUAUAAUGAUAGGCAGCAAAGGCUCAAAGUGCGAAAUUGCAACUCAAACCUCGCCUCCUAAUGCUAUUAGGCUGAAAAACGGUGCGAAAAAGAUGGAUGCGAUAGGAAACACGCCCAAACGCCAGAGAGAAGACGUGGGCGCACAGCGCAACACCCCUUCUAAGCGACCCCGAGCAAUCGCGUUAAACACGCCACGCGGCGAUCCGGAGCCAGGUACUGGGCAGCGAGCCAUUGCGACCGAGCCGCAGGCAGCCCAUGGAGCGGCGGAAUGGCAGACUGUCUCAAGGAAAAGAGCGGGCAAGCCAUCCUUGAGGAAAUCUAGGCCGGAGGUAAUCGUAAUUAAGGCAAAAGAGGGCUGCACUUAUGCCGAAAUCCUGAGCCUAGUUACCAGAAGGCCAGACGGCAAGCUCGACGAGGUUAAAAAUAACGUCAAGAGGACGAGGAAAACGGCUACGGGCGAUCUACUUCUCGAGCUUAAGGGGAGUGGAAAUGCAAACAGCAGGAAACUGACUGAAGACUUGAGCCAAGUACUGGGCCACCAAGCUUCAGUACGAGCAGCUGGAGCCGAUGCGUGGCUGGAAAUGCGCAACCUCGACCAUUUGGCGACGGUAGAGGAAAUCAAAAAGGCCAUUAAUCAAAAAAUUGGCGAUGACGCUGGGCAAGUAAAUGUAAGGGGCUUGCGCAAGUCGUACAGAGGCAAACAGAUGGCUAUCUUGAACAUGCCGCGGACUAUAGCAGCCACAUUAUUGAGAGCAGGCUCCAUUGAAGUUGGCUGGGAUACGUGUCCGAUUCGAGAGAGGCAGGCUCAAAAGAGAUGUUACAAGUGCCUAUGCUUCGGCCACAAAGCAGAUAGUUGCACUAGCGCCAAAGAUCGCACGAACUGGUGCCUCAGAUGCGGCCAGACUGAUCACAAGGCAGCGACAUGCAACAACAACCCAGUUUGUUUUAAUUGCGUAGACGCAAAACGUAUGGAUGCGAGCCACUACACUGGUAGUCGCCGUUGCCCAAUGGACUUACUUGCGCAGUCAAUAUUAGAAUUGGAGAUCGAUUUGGCUAUCCUGAGUGAGCCGUACAGGACGCAGUCUAAUAACUCCUGGGCUGCAGACAUGACACACAAGGCUGCGAUCUGGAAUUGCGGAGCAAAUGGCCCGCCUUUGCAGCACAUUAAAUCAUCCAAAUGCUUCGUACGUGCGCUUAUCGGAGACGUGUGGGUCUACAGUUGCUACAUGGCACCUAGCCUCUCGUUACACGAGUUUGAAUCGGCAAUAGACCAACUCGCUAUGGAUGCUAGAGCUCUGGAUCUGGUAGUGCUGAAUUCUGGCUCGGAGCACACUUUCCAGCGAGCUGGCUACGGAUCUGUAAUUGACGUGACAUUUGCGAGCAGUCAGUUGGCCCAGCUAACCGAAUGGAAACUUUGCAGCCACUACACAGCCAGUGAUCACCAGCCAAUAACGCAAAUGCGCUUUCCUCAACUAACUGGUGACGCAAACAAUUGCGCCAAACUGCUGGUGGACGCGAUUUCAUCAGCUUGCGAUGCCAGUAUGGUGACCCGUAGGGGCCACACCAAACAGAAGACAGCAGUCUACUGGUGGAAUGCGACCAAAGAGGGGGCGAGAAAACGGUGCCUGCAAGCCAGACGCCAGUAUCAAAGAUCGCGCGGCAGAGGGGAUUUUACCAGCCUACAACUAGAGUUUCUUAGCAGGAGAAGCGAACUGCGACAUGCUAUUAAGGAAAGCAAAAAGAAAUACUUUCUCGAACUUUGCGACGCGGCUGAAAAUGACGUUUGGGGCCGGGCAUAUAAAGUGGCAAUGAGAAAAUUCAAAGCUUCCAAGCCAGCCACACCAGACGAAUCUCAAAUGCAGCUGAUAGUGGAAACAUUGUUCCCAGCCACUUCAGUAGUUGAACCAAGGUCGACCCUACACAGUGUAGCAACAGAUGCUUGCAACAUCAGUCCGGAAGAGGUACUUCAAGUAGCUGUCGGAAUGAACGACCACAAGGCCCCUGGUCCAGACUCAAUACCUAAUAAGGCACUUAAAUUGGCUGCCCGGCUUCACCCCGAUAAAUUCGCAAUGGUGUUCAACAAAUGUUUGGCAGAAGGCGUGUUUCCCACCAUUUGGAAACUCCAGGACCUUGUGCUACUCCCAAAGGCAAACAAGCCAGCAGAAGACCCAUCUGCAUACAGGCCGAUCUGCCUCUUGGACUCGACAGGCAAGAUGUUCGAGAAGCUAAUAGCGCUCCGUGUAGAAGCAGCCAUCCAACGGUCUGGCGAUCUGUCCCCGAUGCAGUUUGGUUUCAGAAAGGCUAAGUCAACAAUAGACGCCUUAACAGCAGUAGUCGACGUUGCUAGCAAAGCCAUCGAGGGACUACGGUGGAAGGGUGGCAGUAAAAAAUAUUGUUUGGUGACCACACUCGACGUCAAGAAUGCGUUCAACUCGGCGAAUUGGAGCAGAAUUCUACAUGCUUUGAGUUCAUUUCAAGUUCCUGAGUAUCUAAUUAUCUUAGUGGAGGACUAUUAUACUGUGGAGACCGUAUACUGCGAUAUAGCACACAAGGCGGCUCAAAAAUACACUUGGUACAAGGAGGAGUUCCACAGGGCUCGGUUUUGGGCCCCCUAUUGUGGAACAUAA